AUGGCCACAUGCGAUGUUCCUACGGACAUUCUGCAGAUGCUCAUUCCGCACAUUUUAGGGGACGAGUUAAACUGGGCCCUGUAUGGUAUCCUGAUAGUACAGCUUUAUACAUAUCAUGUUUCCCCGUUCUCCGACCCGCUAAUUGUCAAGAUAUGCGUCUACAUAGUAUUCCUCAUCGAGACGGUCCAAACUGGGGUAGCCUCCCAUGAUUCUUGGGAAGUCCUUGUCUAUAGCUGGGGAUGUGCUGGGGACGUUUUUCUCGUUUACACCGAAACUUUGACAGAAAUCAUUCUUCCAUCGCUUGUUGGUGCACUCGUGGAGUGCUUUUAUGCUUGGCGUAUAUGGAUUAUUGGCCACUCCCUCGUUCAGAGUAUUCUGGUAGCAUCACUAGCCGUUCUUCAAUUCAUCGCCGCCCUGGUUAGCGGCAUCAAAGAAAGCCAAGUUGUUUCAAAGGACACGACAAGAGCGAGUGAUCUCCUUAAAUAUAUUACGGUAUGGUCUGCAUUGAUGACAUUGUGUGAUGUUGUUAUUUUCAUUCUCAUGUCCUACCAUCUGGCCCGGAGGCGCACAGGCGUUCGUAAAACGGACAAGAUAAUUGGCGAGUUGAUUCGAAUCAUCGUUGAAACGGGAAUGGCAUCAGCCGUCACCUGGCUGGUAUUCCUGAGUCUGUUCUGGGCUUAUAAGGACAACCACUUUGAAGUCACACCGGCAAUUCUGGGGUCCAAGAUAUACAGCAACUCGCUCUUAGUGAUACUUAAUAACCGGAGGAAAUACAGCGACCCGCGACUUGCUUCAUUGAGUAUGCCUCCUCGAACGAGACGCCAGCCCUCGGAUACGGAGGACUUGCAAAACGCCACAAAUACCAGCACAUUUGAUGCUGUAAGAGGGGGUGACCAGAUCGUUAUGUUCGACUUUGCAACUGCAAAGAAGGAGAAACCGUCACGACCAGCGACAGCGCCUCCCAGCGUCAACUCUGACUCAGCUACUGCGCACGAAAUGUUUGUCGUUGGCUCUUCGUGA